UUUUUCCUAUUACCUCAAUACUCUUCCUUGGUGCCUUUCUCCGGCUGGUCCUACCGUACCUCCACCUACCUCUCAUCUAGAAGGGAACGCGAGGUUUCCGGUCUUUACCUAUCGCUUUUGUAAUCAUCCUUUUUAACGCUAAGAACAUCUUUAGUACACGGACUCAUUCUCUUCCUGGGAAAGUCUCUUUUGUCGGGUUUUCACGGCUCGCGGUCUGCGUUUGCGGGUUUUAGUUGGGAGGGGAGUUUUGUUUUGCAUCAUUAUGCACACCACACACACACAUGCAUUGGGAGACGGGUUUGUUUUGUUUUUCUUCAUUUUCGUUUAUUGGGAUUCAGGGAAACGGGAACGGCGGAUCAUACAGUUCGGCGGGCUCACGGCAGAGACACCACACACAUACACAAAGGACGGCGGCGAGGGCCAUAGACGGGCCCCUCUACUACUUAUUCUUUGCCGUCAGAGUUUCUUGGGUUGGCCAUGGUCGCAGGUGGGUUCUUGCCUUUUGGGGUGGAAAAAAGGGAAUUGGAUGGCCAGGCGGGCGAGGGCGUUGUUGCGUGCAGGGCUCGCUUGAGAGAGACAGGCGGAGGCAGAUGGCCUCCGCGUGGCAGGAAAGCAAUCGUUCUACUCGCGUGCGAACUACCUCCACUACUCCUACUUGCUGCUGCUGUCUCUGCAUCUGCUUAUGCUUCUGACGCUGUCGUCGCCGUUGCUGCCACCGCUACUGCUGCCACAUGCUGCCGCCGUUCCACACCGUGCAUUCCCUGGUGGAAGGGUGAGGCGCAGACCUCACCCCCGGCUGCAUUGGGAAGAGGCGGAUCAAAGCAAAGAGGAAGCUUAACUACUGUACGAUUAUAUAGUGUCUAGUGUAAUGAAUACGAC